AUGCCUUCAAGCAACGCCUCCCUCUCUAGAGUGGAUGUUUUGUUAUCGGACCUCUUUGCUGACUGGGGUACCGACUCAACACUGAUUGCCUCAUUUAUUGCUAUCUUUCUAGCGUACAAAUUGUUCUUUUCGAAGGAUCCCGACACUCAUCCCUUCUUCCUUGCCAGACAAGCUGUUAGAGCCCCCAUAAGGUUGCCAGGAGAGUCUGCCAGUUUCCGCGCUCAUGACGUACCCCACGGUUAUCCGCUGAAGAGCGGGUUGAACGUGAAAGACCCUGACAAACCAAAAUGGACAGCAGGUCGCAACGGCGAUCUCCGCGACAUCUGGCGAGCGGCCCUCCGAGGCUCACUAGCCACCGAUGGGACCCCGGCAGGGAAACAAGGGAAAUUCUAUACUGUGCUCGGGAAGGACGUUGCAGAGCAUAAGCUGGAUGAUAUCUCACAGGAGAUCAAUAUCAUUGGCCAACUUCGAUCCUACCUAGCUAUGGCGGGUGUCGACCUCCUAAUUGCGGAAGCUGGCACGUUGGAGCUAUCUGCGUUGUUGCAGGGAGCCCCUUCACUGAGAAGCACCAUUUGGGUUGCGAAUCAUGGCAGCCGACAUAUGGAUUGGAGCCAAGUACCGGAAGGGAUUGGAGGAGAUAUCGAGGUAGCUGUGUGGCAUGAGCUGGUCAAGGACAAAAAGGCUCUUGUAGGGACAGAGGUGCCAGCUACUGUUUCGGACACCCCAACCCACCCUAUUGUCGCUUUCUGGGCCACCUCAGCCGAGGAAGGACAAUUCGUCGAGUAUUCACCUGCUGCCUUGGUGGCCGGAAUUGCUGGCUUAGGCUCCGUCCUUCCCCAUGGCCAGCACCUAACAUCCUCUGACCUGGUUCUCUCCAUCGACUCCCUGACCCGCUCGUAUCCACUUUGCAUCAUCCUCGCCGCGCUAUACGUGAACGCUUCCGUCGCAUUCAAUUCCGUUUCUGGCGAACAUGUUAAUUUUGCCCUUGCAACGGCUGGCAUCUCUCCCACCAUUAUCAUUGCUUCCUCCGAAACAAUGCAGAACUACCACACCGAAUAUAUGGCCCCUCAAAUAAGCCUCGUAGCCAAGUUUGGUCGAUUCAUACAACGCAGAUCUCUUGAUGGCGGUACAAUGCCUAGGCAAAAUAUACUUACCAAGCUUGCCAACUUGGGGCCCACCUCAGAACUGUCCCGUGAAAAUCUUCGCCUGAUCUUCAUCUCUUAUCGAAUCGACGCGAACCCAGAGUGCCAACUUACCUCUGAACAAUUGACGGAUUUGAGAGUGUUUACUGGUGCGCGGGUGAUAUAUGCGUUGACUGCUCCGACAGUUGUCGGUGCGGUUAGCCAGACGAAUGUGUUUGAUUACAGGAGCUUUGCCGGCCGCAGCCAUUUCGGAGCUCCGUUGAGUAAUGUUGAAAUAAAAUUAAUCCACGAUAAAGAGGAGGAUGCCAGCAAGCAUGGAAGACUGGCAGACGGAAAGAUAUUUGUAACCGGUCCCGCUACUGUGGGAGGAAAGUCUUUAUUGGAAGCCCGAGGAUACUUCAACGACGAUUGCACACUCUCUCUGUCUUAA